GUUCAUCAAACCACAGUGUAACAAGUCCAUAAUCCCAACUCCAGUUCCAUCUUCAAUGGCCAAUGCAAUCUCUCCGCCAAAAUUAUUCCAGAAAGUUGUUCUUAAAUACCCUAUACACAGAGCCUUCGACAUUACCAUCUUCUUCCUUCUCCUAUCUCUCCUCGUUUAUCGUCUUCUCUAUCUCAGCAACCAUGGAUUUGCUUGGGUUCUCGCUCUCCUAUGUGAGUCAUGCUUUACGUUCAUCUGGGUUGUCACUGUCAGUUGCAAAUGGAAUCCAGUGGAAUACAAAACAUACCCAGAACGACUUUCACAAAAGGCACAAGAUCUUCCUCCUGUGGAUAUGUUUGUGACAAGUGCAGACCCGGUGCUAGAACCGUCAAUACUCACUGUAAACACAGUCAUAUCCUUAUUGGCAGUUGACUAUCCAGCAGAUAAACUAGCUUGCUAUGUAUCGGAUGAUGGUUGCUCCCCUAUACCCUACUAUUCUCUUGUUGAAGCAUCCAAGUUUGCUAAGAUUUGGGUUCCAUUUUGCAAGAAGUACAACAUUCAAACUAGAGCUCCUUUCAGAUACUUUUCCAGUGAGCUCAUUUUAACCAGCAGUUGUAAUUCCUUGGAAUUCCAGCAAGAAUACAACAAGAUGAAGGAUGAGUAUGAGGAGCUUGCCUCCAAAAUCAAAGAUGCAGUCGAAAAAUCCAUGGAGUGGGAUCAAAUCGGUGGUUUUGCCAUCUUCUCGAAUAUAGAGCGCAAAAACCACCCGACUAUAAUCAAGGUUAUAAGGGAGAAUGAGGCUGGACUUUCAGAUGCGUUGCCGCAUUUAAUUUACAUAUCAAGAGAGAAGAGGCCAAAGCAUCCACAUCGCUAUAAAGCAGGUGCCAUGAACGUAUUGACCAGAGUCUCUGGAUUGAUAACAAAUGCUCCAUUCAUGUUGAACGUGGACUGCGAUAUGUUCGUCAACAAUCCACAGAUUUUUCUCCAGGCAAUGUGUCUGUUACUUGGUUCCAAGAAUGAAAGGGAAAGCGGGUUUGUUCAGUGUCCACAAUAUUUCUAUGGUGGACUAAAGGAUGAUCCAUUUGGGAACCAGUUCGUGGUUGGGCACAAAGUAAUUUUAUCUCAUGUGGGUUGGCAAUAUGGAUCCGCAACAGAAGACGUCCUCACUGGAUUGAUGAUCCAUGCUAGGGGCUGGAGGUCCCUUCUUUGCACGCCGGAUCCUCGUGCCUUUUUGGGGUGUGCCCCUCGUGGCGGACCGAUCUUGAUGACCCAGCAAAAGAGGUGGGCAACAGGUUUUCUUGAAAUAUUGAUCAGCAGAAGAAGCCCCAUUAUUGCCACACUUACUGCCAAACUCCAGUUUAGACAGUGUUUGGCGUAUCUCUCGUUGCUUACUUGGGGGCUACGCUCUAUUCCUGAGCUUUGCUCCGCGGUGUUGCCAGCUUAUUGUACCAUCACCGACUCGAGUUUCCUGCCCGAGGUGCAUGAGCCAGCCAUAUAUAUUUACAUGGCCCUUUUCCUGAGUUACGUCAUCUACACUCUAAUAGAGUACCUUGAAACUGGAUUGUCAAUCCGUGCAUGGUGGAAUAACCAAAGGAUGGCAAGAAUAAAUGCAAUGAAUGCAUGGUUAUUUGGAUUCAUAAGUGUAAUCUUGAAGGUUUUAAGAAUAUCAGAUACAGUUUUUGAAGUUACACAAAAAGACCAAUCUUCAAGUAAUGAUGGCGAUGAAGGCAGGUUCACCUUCGAUGCUUCGCUGAUUUUUGUGCCUGGGACAACCGUUCUGCUGCUGCAACUCACGGCAUUGAUCAUGGGAUUCCGAGGCAUGCAACUAUCAGUUAACGAUGGCUCAGGGCUGGGAGAGAGAUUGUGUAGCAUAAUGGUGGUCAUAUGCUUCUGGCCAUUUCUGAAAGGCCUGUUUGCAAAAGGAAAAUAUGGGAUUCCUCUAUCCACAAUAUUCAAAUCAGCUUUUCUGGCAUUAUGUUUUGUGCUCUUGGCCAAGCGUGCAUGA